AUGGCGAAACCGAAAAAGGACGAAACAGCCGAAGAAGCGAAGAAAAUCGUAGACGAUGCGAAAAAUUUUAUCGAGAAGGCAAUUGCAGAUAUUGGAAAGACUUCAGCAACAAAGCAACUUAUUUUAGGAACUGCGUCAGGAUGGCUCACAGGUUUUAUGACUAUGAAAAUAGGAAAGCUUGCUGCAGUAGGUGUAGGAGGCGGCGUAAUCUUACUUCAUAUUGCAAGUCAAAAAGGGUAUAUUGAUAUAAAUUGGGAUAAAAUCAACAAAAAGGUUGAUAAAAUCACUGAUAAAAUCGAGAAGGAAGCCACAGGAAGAUCGCCAGAUUGGUUUGAGAAAGUGGAAAGGUUUGUGGACCGUAAAAUUGAUAAGGCAGAAGAACUACUUAAGAAGAAGGAGAAAAAGGCAAAGCAUUGGUACAAUAACUUUGUAGCAGGUGAUGAGUAUCGUGCUACAGAAACUCAUGUGUUUCUGGCAUCAUUUGUUGCUGGAAUGGCCAUUGGUAUUCUUUGUGGAAAGUAG